AUGGAAGACAAAUUGGUUUGUACUAUUCCUGCCGUCUCCACUGUCUCUCUCAUCCCUGAAGACCAUGGAAAGGAUGAAAACCCCUGGGACAGUUCAGAGUUACAGGACUCCGGGGUAAAAUGGGGAGAUCUGGACACUAAAGGAAAGGUGAAGAGGGUCUGUAUCGCAAUAAUGAAGUUUGUCCUGCUGUUGGGUUUGCUCUACACCUUUGUUUGUUCCCUGGACAUCCUUAGCUCUGCAUUUCAACUUGUUGGAGGUAAGGCGGCUGGAGAUAUUUUCCAGGAGGACGAGGUGUUGUCGAACCCACUGGCUGGCCUGGUCAUUGGUGUUCUUGUCACUCUGCUAGUCCAGAGCUCUAGCACUUCAUCGUCCAUCGUGGUCAGCAUGGUGUCCUCAGGAUUGCUGAAGGUCUCCAUUGCAGUGCCCAUCAUCAUGGGCACCAACAUCGGUACAUCAGUCACGAAUACAGUGGUAGCCAUGACUCAGGCAGGAGAUCGGAAUCAAUUCCGCAGGGCGUUUGGUGGUGCAACGGUACAUGAUUUCUUUAACUGGCUCUCUGUGCUAGUGCUGUUGCCUCUAGAGGCGGCAACUGGUUUCUUGUAUCGCCUCACCGAUCUCAUCGUCACCUCCUUUCACAUCGAGAGUGGAGAAAAUGCACCCAUGCUGCUUAAUGUCAUCACCGACCCAGUCACCCACUCUAUAAUCGAGUUGGAUGAGUCGGUCAUUGGUGAAAUUGCUACCGGAGACCCUGAGGCCAAAAAUAAAAGUCUAAUCAAGGUCUGGUGUAAAACAUCUACAAAUACGUCUCUGCAGAAUGUGACUAUAGUGAACUGCACUGGUGUCUCCUGUUGGGAAUUGAAGAAUGUCUCAGAAAUCAUCAAUAUUCAGAAAUGUGGACAUAUUUUUGUAAACACAACUCUGCCGGACCUGGCGGUGGGACUUAUUCUUCUGGCUGGGUCUCUCCUGGUGCUCUGUACCUGCCUCAUUUUUAUUGUCAAACUUCUCAACUCCAUGCUAAAAGGGCAGGUAGCAGUUGUAAUCAAGAAGAUCAUCAACACAGAUUUCCCCUUUCCAUUUUCAUGGGUGACUGGAUACAUUGCCAUCAUGGUGGGAGCAGGAAUGACCUUCAUCGUGCAGAGCAGCUCAGUCUUUACCUCUGCCAUCACUCCUCUCGUAGGACUCGGUGUGAUUAGUAUUGAAAGAGCAUAUCCACUUUCUCUUGGCUCCAAUAUUGGUACAACAUCCACAGCCAUACUGGCAGCACUGGCCAGUCCUGGAGAAACACUGACUAACUCAUUACAGAUUGCUCUUGUUCACCUGUUUUUCAACAUCUCAGGAAUAAUGCUGUGGUACGUCCUGCCCUUCAUGCGUGUCCCCAUCCACCUAGCCAAGUCGUUGGGCAAUAUAACUGCGCGCUACCGCUGGUUUGCCAUUUUCUAUGUGGUUCUUUGUUUCUUUUUUAUUCCUUUGCUGGUUUUUGGUUUGUCACUGGCCGGCCUGUGGGCUCUUCUUGCUGUCCUCAUCCCAGUGGCGGUGGUCAUUCUGUUCAUCAUUUCAAUCAACUUUAUGCAGUCACGGUUUCCAGAGAAACUCCCUUCUUUUUUACAAACAUGGGACUUCCUGCCUUUGUGGGCUCGCUCACUUGAACCAUGGGACAGAAAAAUAACAUUCAUGACUACUCGAUGCUGCUGCUGCUGCAAAUGCUGCCAGGUCGCUGCAAGCAAUGAGGAGGCAGGGCCAGCAGAAAAGAAGGAUAUUGCAACAGAGAUGCAUAAUAACCAGGCUCUGACCAAUGAGACUCAAGAAAAAGAAAAAGUUCCACCUACUACAGUCAUUCUAAAGGUGUCUUCAUUAUAG